AUGAAAAAAGGUGUCGAAAGUAAUGAUGAUUUUAUGAUCAAUUCAAUGAUGAUCAAUAAUCAACAAACAUCUGAAAAUAAUGAAAUGAAUAAUCACGUGACCACCACCACCAUGAAUGAUGGCAAAAUCGAUACAUUAUUAGAUCGUAAAGCAUUUAUUAGUUUAGAAAAAAGUAUCAAUUGGCAAUCAUUAUUGGCUAAUCAUAAUUAUAAUAAUAAUAAAGAUGACCAUCAACAUAAUCAAAGAUUGAUUAUUAAUGAUAAUAAUAAAUCAGAAAUAAACAACAACAACAACAACAACAACGUUAAAAAUUAUGGAAAUGAUGAAUUUAGUCAACCUGGUAUGAAAUAUGUACCAGCAUGGCUUAAAUUAUUACGCCUACAUAAAUAUGCAUCAAUAUUUGCAUAUAUGUCAUAUGAUGAAAUGAUGAAUAUAACUGAAAAUGAUUUAGAACAACCCCAAACGAACAAACAAAACAAAACAAAAGUAUUACGCCUACAUAAAUAUGCAUCAAUAUUUGCAUAUAUGUCAUAUGAUGAAAUGAUGAAUAUAACUGAAAAUGAUUUAGAACAACGUAAUAUAACUAAAGGUGCAAGGCAGAAAUUAUAUCUUAGUAUACAAAAAUUACGUGCAAGAUCAGCAGUACUAUUAUCAUCGGAACGUGAAUUAUUUAAUAAUCAACGUCAUCAUCAUAAUCAUCAUUAUGAUCAAUGGAAAUCAAUAUCAUUACCGGUAAUUAGUCAGAUUUUAUUUCAGAUUCGUGCAUUUCUUUCAACACCGAUUUGUGGUGGUAGUAAUAAUGGUGGUAAUGGUCAGCCAUUAUCAACAACAACAACAACAACAUUAUCGUCGAUUGUAACCAGUAAUAAUGAUGAUCAUGGAUCAUCAAUGUCAGUAGAUGUUAAUAACAAUGAUAGAAUCAUUCAACAACCACAAACAUCAUCAUCAAUCACCCAGAAUAUUCUUCUUGAUGAUGAUUAUGAUGAUAAUCAAAUCAAUAAUAAUAAUAAUGAUUUACCAUCAAUCAUUGUACGAUUGAUUGGUCAUGUAAUCAAUAUUUUAAUGAUAAAAUGUCAAAAACAACAACAUAAAUCAUAA